AUGGCUUCAGUUCCGACCUCCGAGAUGCGUCGUCCAACAGAUCAAUAUGAGAAUCCGUAUUUUCUUCAUUCAUCGGAUCACGCAGGGAUGGUUUUAGUUUCGGAUCGGCUCACCACUGGAUCUGAGUUUCAUUCUUGGCGUCGUUCUGUGCGCAUGGAUUUAAAUGUCAGGAACAAGCUUGGCUUUAUUGAUGGAACCAUUCCUCAACCUCCUGAUGAUCAUCCUGAUGCAGGUUCUUGGUCACGAUGUAAUGAUAUGGUGAUUACUUGGUUAAUGAGCUUAGUUUCUAAGCAGAUAGGUCAAAGUUUGCUUUAUAUGCCUACUGCUUCUGCUAUCUGGCUUGAUCUUAUGUCUCGCUUUAGGCAAGAUGAUGCCCCUAGGGUCUUUGAAAUUGAACAACGGUUGAGUACUUUGCAGCAGGGUUCUAUGGAUGUCACUACUUAUUAUACUACGUUAGUGACUUUAUGGGAAGAAUUAAAGAACUAUGUUGAUGUCCCUGUUUGUACUUGUGGCAAGUGUGAGUGUAAUGCAGCACUUUUGUGGGAGAAAUUGCAACAACGUAGCAGAGUAACGAAGUUCCUAAUGGGGUUAAAUGAAGCGUAUCAACCCACUCGUAGGCAUAUCUUAAUGUUGAAACCUAUGCCAUCGAUUGGUGAUGUUUUCCACAUGGUUACUGAGGAUGAGAGGCAAAAGAAUAUUCAACCGGCUACUAAAAUUGAUAAUGUGGCUUUUCAAGCUUCUGGUCCUCCUGCUAAUGGUGGCUAUACUUAUGUGGAUAAUGCUGGUAAUGGUAAUGGUUCCUUUACAGGACCUACUGAUAAUACUGCUUAUGCUGCUUUUCGACCUCACAGAAGCCCUAUUGUACUCAUUGUAAUCGAGAAUGCUCAACGUCCUCCAAUGCAGCAAAUGUCAUCACAGCCUGCUAUGUCUCGUGCAUCUUUUCCAACAGGGCAACGUCCUCAGUUUCCUACACAGACUCAGUUUCAACAGCCACAAUAUUCUCAACCGAGUGUAGUGGCUAAUGCAGUGAUGAAUUCUGCUUCUUAUGUUCCUUCUCCAGCACAAAAUGCGACCAAUCUUGAUCUCAGAAGUUUUACUUCUGACCAAAUUCAAAGUUUGAUUCAUCAACUAAGCAGCCAAGCCAAAGCUUCAGAGCAGCCGUCUUCUUAUCCGUCUGCUACGAUAACUGAGCAUGGUGCUAUGGCUGCGACAUCUUCUUCUGUGACAGGUGUAAUAUUCUCACUCCCUAAUGGCACUAGAGUUGCUAUUACUCACAUUGGCACUGUCCAUAUAACUCAAACAUUGAUUUUGCAUGAUGUUCUUUAUGUUCCUAUUUUCAAAUUCAAUUUGAUAAGUGUCCAUACUCAGGACUUGAUGAUUGAUAGAGGUGUACUAAUUCACUGUCUAUACAUUUUGGAGCAUCAUGACAUUUCAGCAUCUGCCAAUUCUGUUUCUGCAUCUUUCUUUGGAUCCUUGCAAGUCGAUGGUCGUGUCUGGCAUCAACGCUUAGGUCACCCAUCCUCUGUCAAGUUACAAUACAUGUCUGCUUCUACUUUGGCAAAGGAUAGAAACAAAUUCACACCUAGAGCUGAGCCAUGUGUAUUCAUAGGUUAUCCAUCUGGUUAUAAAGGGUAUAAGGUCCUUAAUCUUGAGAGUAAUACGAUUCAUAUCACUCGUAACAUCGUUUUUCAUGACCAUAUUUUUCCUUUCAAAAAUGUUACUCCAUCUCUACAUACUACUGAUUUGUUUAGUAAAUCGAUUCUACCAUUACCUGUUCCUAGUGAGAUUGAAUUGAUUGAUGAUACACAAUUGUCCUCACCUGCACCACUUCCUCUCUCUGCAUCAUCAUCCUUGUCAUCCUCUAGUGUUGUUGCUACACCGGAUGAGACUUCUACAGCUGCCACAGGACAGGUUGCACAACACAAUGAUAGACCAUGA